UUCGAAGCUAAAGUGUUUUGACUUUCGUUUUCGUUUCUUCCUCUUCCUCUUUGUUUUUUUCCCUCUGAAUCUUUUUGUCUGAGAGAUGAAGGAUACGGAGAAAAAGAAGUACCCCAUUGGCCCUGAGAAUUAUGAACUACUCGAGGAGAUUGGCCAGGGGGUAAGUGCCCACGUACAUCGUGCUCGUUGCAUUACUUUUAAUGAGAUCGUUGCCAUAAAAAUCCUGGAUUUUGAGCGAGAAAACUGCGAUCUGAAUAAUGUUUUUCGUGAAGCACAGACCAUGACCUUGGUUGACCACCCUAAUGUCCUCAAAUCACACUGCUCCUUUGUUAGCGAUCAUAAUCUAUGGGUUAUCAUGCCAUAUAUGGCUGGUGGUUCGUGUCUUCACAUAUUGAAAGCCGCCUACCCAGAUGGCUUUGAGGAGGUUGUAAUAGCAACAAUAUUGCGAGAGGCUUUGAAGGGUUUAGAGUACCUUCAUCAUCAUGGCCAUAUACAUAGAGAUGUUAAAGCCGGGAACAUUCUAAUUGAUGCGCGCGGUGCAAUCAAGCUGGGGGAUUUCGGUGUAUCUGCUUGUCUUUUUGAUUCAGGUGACAGGCAACGUACAAGGAAUACAUUUGUGGGGACACCUUGCUGGAUGGCACCUGAAGUCAUGGAGCAACUGCAUGGUUACGACUUCAAAGCAGAUAUGUGGUCUUUUGGUAUAACAGCACUGGAGCUUGCCCAUGGUCACGCUCCUUUCUCAAAGUAUCCUCCCAUGAAGGUACUUCUUAUGACAUUGCAAAAUGCACCGCCUGGCCUUGAUUAUGAACGAGAUAAGAAGUUCUCUCAGUCAUUUAGGACGAUGAUUGCUAAAUGCUUGGAAAAAGAUCCUUCAAAACGACCCACUGCAAGCAGUUUGCUAAAGAAUUCCUUCUUUAAGCGAGCUCGCUCUAGUGAUUAUAUUUCGCGAACGCUUUUGGAGGGGCUGCCUGCAUUAGGUGAUCGCAUCAAAGCCCUAAAGAGGAAAGAAGAAGAUAUGCUUGCAAAAGAACAAAUUCCUGAUGGGCAGAAGGAGGAAAUAUCACAGAAUGAAUACAAGCGAGGAAUUAGUAGCUGGAACUUCAAUCUUGAAGAUAUGAAAGCUCAGGCUUCAUUGAUACAGGAUUUUGAUGAUGCAAUGUCUGAAAUCAAUCCAGGAGGAAGUUCGAAUUCCACAUCACCAAAUGAUGUGCAAGAGAAGCAAUCACCACGUGCAAACCAAUCUCAACUUACUGACAUGGAAGAUAACGACGAGAUGCGAAAUCAAUCAGCUCCUGUGCCUGCAGUAGAUUUCACAACAACUGAUGCCAAGGUUAGAAGUGAAAAAUCUAAUGAUGCCUCUAUCACCAGUUUAAGCCAUGAACACAACUUAUCACAGAGUGCUUCACCGCGUCUUGAAGAUCAUGUAGUGGACCAUAAUUUUAGUGAAAAAUGUGAUGUGGAGAAUGGG